AUGACCGACUCGUCACGACCCUCGGCAUUCUUCCAACCUCCCCCCACCGCCACCGCACAUUCUUUGGCCAUUCUACACCUCCGUCGCGACAGCCUACUGCCCGUCAAGCUCCAGACGACCGCCGACGAUGGCUACGCAGAAGGUGCCGUCACCAAUACUCGAUUCGGCAGCUUCCCUCACACCACCUUGAUCGGCCUGCAAUGGGGCAGUCAGGUCCGGGCCAGCAAGGUGGAUACCGGCACUCGAGGUCGCAAGAGCAAGAAGGUCAAGCCCGACGACAAGAUACAGCCCAACGGUGCCGAGGAGAAUACCGCCGGUGAUGCAGGGCGGAAACGAAAGUCUCUCGAGCAGUCAGACGACGCAGGCUCCGGAUUCGUGCACAUCCUCCAACCCACUCCCGAAUCCUGGACGUCAUCCCUGGAUCACCGAACGCAAGUCGUCUACACGCCGGAUUACAGCUACAUCCUCCAGCGACUGCGCGUGCGUCCGGGCAGCACCAUCAUCGAGGCCGGCGCCGGAAGUGGCAGUUUCACCCACGCUGCUGCGCGUGCCAUCUUCAAUGGCUACUCGCAUGAGACCAGCGCUAUACCAGUCAAAGGAGGACAAAAGCCAGGCAGAGUGUGCAGCUAUGAAUACCACGAACCGCGAGUCGAAGUCCUGCGGCAAGAAAUCACAGACCACGCUCUGGACGGAGUGGUGCAACUCACCCAUCGAGACGUAUGCAACGAUGGCUUCCACCUCGCAGACGGCUCAUCACCGAACACAGACGCGGUUUUUCUCGACCUCCCAGCACCCUGGCAAGCCCUCCGACAUCUCACUCGCUCUGGACCCAACUCUCCUCUCAACCCCGAUUCUCCAAUCCACAUCUGUUCCUUCUCCCCCUGCAUCGAACAAGUCAUGGCCACCGUCUCUGCCCUCCGCAAAGCCGGCUGGACCGACAUCAGCAUGGUUGAAGUCCAGCAGAAACGCGUCGACGUCCGCCGAGAACGAGUGGGCUUGAAGGAGGAAGGUCUCCGCGGGGUGAACGCCACGGCGGCGAAUGUGGACGAAGCCGUGCAACGGCUGAAUGAGGACGUGGCGCAGGAGCGGAAGUUGAUGUCAAAACAGCAACGCAUCGAUCGGCUGAAGCAGGAGGCCGAGACGAGGAAGUUGUAUCAGGAAGGGCAGCUGGUGCAUCGCUCGGAGCCGGAUGUCAAGACGCAUACGAGCUACCUGGUGUUUGCCGUGUUGACGAGGCAGUGGUCGGACGAGGACGAAAAAGCUUGCGAGGAGGAGUACAAGGUGGAGGACACGGUGAAGAAGUAG